AUGGACCAUAAUCACACAACAGUGACAGAAUUCAUUCUCAUCGGACUUUCAGAAACUGCGGAACUUAAAGUUUUAAUUUUUAUGGUGUUUUUAAUGAUAUACCUUGUUACAGUGAUUGGAAAUCUAUGUAUCAUCUUGGCUUACAUAUUUAGCCUAAAUCUUAACACCCCUAUGUAUUUUUUACUGACUAAUUUUUCCUUUCUUGAAAUCUGUUACAUUUCAGUCAACAUUCCGAAGAUGCUUUCCAACUUGUUAUUGGAACAUAAGACCAUAUCUUUCUAUGGCUGUGCUUUACAGGUCUAUAGCUUUGGAGUGUGCGGUGGGACGGAGUGUUACUUGCUAGCGGCAAUGGCGUACGAUCGGUAUAAUGCGAUAUGUCACCCACUUUUAUAUAGCAUCAUAAUGAAUAGGAUGGUUUGUAUUCGGCUUGUCAUCGGAUCUUAUCUGGUUGGCUCAUCAAAUUCUCUGCUGCAUACGGUUCUUACAUUCACUUUGCCUUUUUGUGGUUCUAACAAAAUCAAUCACAUUUUCUGUGACAUUCCGCCAAUAUUAACCUUAGCAUGUGCUGACACCAGGAUUAAUCAGAUCGUCAUUUUUGUGACCAGCAACUGCGUUGUGGUCGGUUCAUUUUUAUUAAUCAUGGUAUCUUAUAUAUAUAUUAUACUGGCCGUCGUAAGAGUUCAUUCCACUUCCGGUAGAAAGAAGGCGUUUUCCACUUGCACUUCACACUUCACAGUGGUGACUAUAUUUUAUGGUUCUGUUAUGUUUAUGUACUUAAAGCCUGAAUCAAGCAGUGCCAUUGUUCAGGACAAGUUGGUGGCAGUCAUGUAUACUGUUAUCGCUCCUCUGUUAAACCCUUUUAUCUAUAGUCUAAGGAACAGAGACGUAAAAAUGGCUCUUAUUAAAAUAUAUCAUCAGCUGACGACAUCUAAGAAGCAUUUAGUAUGA